CUCAUCCCUCCGGAGCCUGCUCAGUGGCUGGGACUCGCUGCACACGGGCUCCUGGAUGGGGCCAGGGAGGCCUCCUCCAGCCGGGAUGAGGAACUUGAAAGGAAACUCAUUGCCGGCUUCCUCCCGCUGCAAGCUGUGUGCGAUUCCCAGGUCCCCCAACUUCCCUGGGGACGUCGAGGACACACAAAAACCCUGUAUUGCCUGCCACUGAGAGCCAGGCCGGAUGGAUGCUGAGAACAGGAAGGGCGUGUGAGGAUUCCUCUGGCUUCGCCCUUGCUUCUGUUGCUGGUACCAGGUGCCCAGUCCCAAGGAGCCGUGACGAUGGAGGUGCUCCCCAAGGCCCUGGAGGUCGAUGAGAAGUCUCCAGAAUCCAAGGACCUGCUGCCCAGCCAGACUGCCAGCUCCCUGUGCAUCAGCUCCAGGAGUGAGUCUGUCUGGACCACUGGCCCCCGGAGUAACUGGGAAAUCUACCGCAAGCCCAUCGUCAUCAUGUCCGUGGGUGGUGCCAUCCUCCUCUUCGGUGUGGUCAUCACCUGCCUGGCCUACACCCUGAAACUGGGUGAAAAGAGCCUUAACGUCCUGAAGAUGAUCGGGCCUGCCUUCCUGUCUCUGGGCCUCAUGAUGAUGGUGUGCGGGCUGGUGUGGGUGCCCAUCAUCAAAAAGAAACAGAAGCAGAGACAGAAGUCAGUUUUCUUCCAGAACCUCAAGUCCUUCUUCCUGAACCGCUGAUGGCAGCCUCACCCUCUGUCCUCCCCAUCAACCUGCCACCUUGACCAGGAGGAGACCUGAUGACCAACGUCGAACAUCCCUGGCUCCUGAGGUGGUGAGGUUUGUCAUAAAACUGAUGCAGACAAACCCUCUUCUUCACUCCAUGGGAAAGAGCGAGGUCAAGGCUGCGUCCGCUGCGCGGCUGGGGGCACUGCUGGAUGAGCUCAUUCAGUCUCUGUUAUCACCGAUGCUUCUCUUAGAUCCUGACCGCAGCCAUCGCCUUUCACAGCUCUCAUCCUGGCAUCCUUACCCGUGCAUCCCGGUGUCACUCAUCCAACUCUCUCUGCCAAGCGCUGUGCAUGUUGGGAAAUUCCUUGGGGUGGGCUAUGCCCCAAGGACCUCCUGUUUACAUAUCUGAGUGCCUGAACUGGAUUUGCUUCCUUCUGUAACCCAAACUGACCAAUGGAGGUCCUUCAAGGAGGGGAGGGAAGUUCUGACCAUUGGCUUUGCCUGCCCCAGCUCUCCCUGUGGGCGAGAUACUGACCUGCAUUUCAAAAGACCAGAUGAGUCACAAGUAUCAAACAUUCCAAAGAGUGAGCAGUGAAGGGUGGCCGGGGGAAAACACUUUCCAAGAAGACACAUUUUCCCCUGGAAAUGGCUCUGGGUGUCGGCCAGUGAGGUACAGUAUUUACAC